AAACAAGGGAAGUGUGAGGGUCCACCACUAGUGUGGUGAGUGACCUGGGACGACGUGCACCUGUCAUCCUCGCAGCAAUGGGUCGCAAGAAGCAGCAAGAAAGUGAGUUUUAUUUCUUCAUGGUGGAGAAAAAACCGGAGGUGGAGAAAAGGUUAGGGCGGCCCGUGUCAAUGGCUGACCUCCCUCAGCACCUCUAUGCCGAAUGGAAGGCAUUACCAGUUUCGAAGAAAGAAAAAUAUAAAGUCAUGAAGCAAUGUAGUCAAGAGAGUGCAGAAAAACUUGACUGUAGAGGUUUAUCAAUGUCAGAGCUUAAACGUCAGGAAGAAAGGAGAAAAAAGAAAAUUGAAGAUAUGAGACGAGAGAUCUUAAACACUGUUGAUUUUUAUGCCUCUGGAUUUAUACUUCAUGAGGCAACCUUCUAUAUUGUUAGUACCAGCUAUUAUGUGCGGACAGAGGAGGAUUUCUACUCACCAGCCGAGUUAGGUCUGAUUCAGUUUAGCUUCCGCAGAGGAAUCAUUAAGGAAUACACUGUUAUUCUUAAACCUGCGAUUCCAUUGAGUUACGGUUACCUGCUAAAAGUGCACUCUGAAACAACGCACAAUUUGUUGGAAGAAAACUGUGGUGUUGAGGACAAGGAAAAAGUCUUCCAGGGGUUGAAAGAAUUUAUUGUUAAGGAGAACAAUAAAUUGCCACCUCUCUACACCCUGGAAGAGGAGAUGGAGCAAACCGAAGCAAUCUUGGAUGACAUUUCAGAGAAAGGAUAUUACAGAAUCUACUCAUUGGAUCAACUCUUCAUGCACUUGUAUUCCAGGACAUUCCCAGAGCAUCCUAUUCCUCAGUCCAUUGCUAAAGACAUGCUUACACAUUGUGGACUAGAUUAUCAUCCUUCUAUUGCUUGUGAG